UAUCGUGGAUUGUAAAUGUCCGUGUGUAGGCGAGUCACGUGUGGAGUCCGUUGAUUUCGUUUCGUCCGUACACCAAGAGAUUCGCUUAUUUGUUCAGUUUCUUUUUAGCCUUCCUUUAAAUAAGGCAUUUUACCGAAGAAUGAGUGACAACGAUGAUAUCGAAGUUGAUAGCGACGAAGAAUCAUCGAGGUUUCACUCUGUGGCGGACAAACGGGCGCACCACAACGCCCUGGAGAGAAAGCGCAGGGACCACAUCAAAGACAGCUUCCACAGCCUGCGGGACUCCGUACCGGCCCUGCAGGGCGAGAAGGCGUCCCGAGCUCAGAUCCUAGACAAAGCCACAGAGUACAUCCAGUACAUGAGACGAAAAAACCACACACACCAGCAGGACAUCGAUGACCUGAAGCGGCAGAACGCCCUCCUCGAGCAGCAGGUCCGGGCCCUGGAGAAAGCCAAGGGCACCACACAGCUUCAGGGCAGCUACCCCACCAACGACAGCUCCUUGUACACCAACCCAAAGGGCAGCACCGUGUCAGCCUUUGACGGCGGCUCUGACUCCAGCUCCGAGUCUGAGCCGGAGGAGCUGUCUCCCAGGAAGAAGCAACGCGUGGAGUCCAGCUAGUGUGCCCUCCCCCCUUCCCCCCCCCUUUCCAUCCCUCUCCAGUCCCCAUCCUCUCUCUCUCUCCUCCUCCUCCCCUCCCCACCCUUUGCUUGAACCCCCACAACCCUGGAGUGGGAGGGACGCCCAUGAGAAAGAUGGCAAGAGAUCCUGAAGCUUCUUGCCCCCUCCACCAUGCCCCCCACCCCCCCCCACCCCGUCCUCCGAAUUCGUCUCAGCAACGUUGACGAUCCAGAAGUGCGGCAGCUUUGUGGUUGAAGGACUCUGCUCUUCGUCACCUCAGUAAUCAUCAUAAUCCGACAUGGAAGUGUGGACUGCUCGGGGAAAAAGAAAACGGCAAAAACGAAAGUACUUUAUUUUUUAUUUGAUAAAUUAUAUGAACCUGUUUAAAAUGUUUUAAAAUGAACACUAUAGGGGGGAGUCUGUGGGGAAGUCUUGCUUUUUAGAUCUUGUUCUUUUCCAUGAAAAAUGUGAAAGUAACCGAGUGUUUGUACUGGCAGCCCACUUUUAAAGCCUUUUUCACACGGCUGUAGAUUUCCAUCUUUAAAUAAUAAAAAAAAAAAACUCCCAAUAUGAAACGUCGUACGCUGUACCAACCUCCAGAAUUGUAUUGUAUUUUGUCUGUUAGCUUAUGAUAGUGAAUGGCGUUAGAUGGCCGAAUCCUUUAGGUUAAAAUUUUUAAUUGCAUUGGUUUAUUUCCAACAGGUUCACUGAUAAGUUUUAAAAGAAUUUCUUUGUGAACAGGCCCUAUAAUAAAAAUACGUGUAGUUUCCCAGAAUGAUGAAAUAGAUAUUGAAUGUUACAGCAAUGCAGUUUAAAAUAGUAAACCUUUAUUUUAUUUUUAUUAAAGGAGAAAAAAAAAAAACUGUCCACCAGUGUGUUGUGCAUUACACUGUAAACUCAAUGUUGCUGAUUUAAUUCUAUAUAUUAAAAGCCCCAGGACGCUUCCGUAAGCCUUGGGGGUGUGUGUUUCCAUUAUUAGGACGUAGUGUUUAUGAAAUUGGUCUUUUGUUCCUCUGAUUCCAUUCCAUGGAAAUUACAGGUAUGUUGUACAUACUGCCGACAAUUGUCUUGCAAGUUAAGGCUUACCUUUACUAUGAGACUAUAAAUAAAAGCUAUUUUAUCCUUUA